GCUUGGUCCCUCGUCCACAUGGGCGUACAGCCGGCAGGUUCUCAACAUGAUCCAGGGCCACCUUGGCCAGCACGAGUCGCCCGAGAUACCUCUCAACGUCGAUGCCCAGGCGUUCAGGUUGGACUGGCCGUCGUCCCGGAAUGUGGCGUCCCAAACGACGACGCCGACGGCCGACCUUCCCUCGCUCGACUACGCCCUGUACCUGACGAACACGGUCAAGUUCCACCUAGGACAGACGUAUCACCUGUUCGACGAAGAAGGGUUCAUGGCCGGACUGUACGACUUCUAUCGGCGAGGCCCGAGUACGGAACCGCCAGCGGAUGCGCGGCUGUGGUACAUACAGUUUCUGCUCAUCAUGGCCUUCGGAAAGGCCCUCCUGGUCCCCGGCAACCCGGCGCAGACUCCGCCUGGAAGCGGUCUGGUGACCCGGGCCCUGGAGCUUCUUCCCGACGUACAUGGUCUGUACCGGGACCCUGUCUUGUCGGUUGAGAUCUUGUGCUGUCUUGCCUUGUAUCUCCAGUCGGUCGACCACAGGAACAGCGCAUACACCUACAUCGGCCAGGCGUUCCGGAUAGCCCUCACUCAGGGUUUGCACCGGGAGCCUUUGCAGGGCCUGCUCAACGACGCCGAAGCGAACAGGCUCCGGUGCAUCUGGUGGACUCUCUAUAUACUGGACCGGAAGCUGUCGUCCCUGAUGGGUGCGCCUAACUCGAUCCAGGACAGCGACAUCACCGUCCAACUGCCGAGGUCGGACCCGGCAGUUCACAAGCACAAGGCCCUUGGCAUUCACGUGGUUCUCUCACAGCUGCUCGCCAAGGUCUUGAACACCGUCUACGGCGUCGACGGGAAGCUGGACCCCUCGUUCCUCAAGAGUGUCCAGGAGGUCCUGAGAGACAUGGCAGCGCUCGCGCCGCAGCUCACGGCCGGGUUCGAAUUCAAGCUCAACAGCUCGGAACCUGCAUCGAGAGUGGCUGCGACUCUGAACCUUUGCUACCAUCAGUGUGUCGUCCUCGCCACGCGCCCGCUUCUCAUGUGUCUGUUGCAGGAUGUCCUCGCACAACACGGAAGCACAAACCGAGGCCUCGCCAGACCGAUCAAGGCUUUGCUGACGACCUCGUCAGAGUCGGCGAGCAAGUCGCUCCGCAUCCUGUCAGCGCUGCAGUCGCAGCAUCUCUUGGUAUCAUCAACUGACGUCGCUCAACCAGAAUCAUUCCUCCCCUUCGACCUGGAGCAGACCUUCUCGGCCGCCUUCGUCCUCACCUUGAUGACGGCGGUGCCCGGUCUCCCGACGCGAAACGGCGAAUAUGUGCAGACGGCUUUCGGCAUCCUGGACACCAUGAUGGCGCGGGGCAAUGUGGUGGCGCGCUAUCGAAGAGAAGAACUGGAGAAGCUGCAAGAAAUGCUGCGUCUCGCGCAGGCCCGGCUCUUCCAAGCAGCGGCGGCGGCUAGUGGAGACGUCAUGAACAGCACCGACAACCUCGGCCUCGAUACGCAGUCCGCCAACGUAUUACAGACGAACCACGUAUGCCAAGACGUGCCAGGUGAGGGCGGUCCCGCCACCGGCAGCACAGCCAACGGCCUGGCGUCGGAGCAGAUGCUGUCGAUCGCCGGGCUGCUCGACUGGGAGCCCAACGUGGCGGCCCUCGAAGACGAUCAGCUCGCGGGAAACUGGCUUUGGACUGACCCGAUCGCGCCCGACUUUGACUUUGGCGGCGAGCUGCUGUGAAGUGCCAACACAUUAAUACCUCGUCGAAACGCCCGCCCGCCUGCCUGCGCCAACUCAACGAAGCAGCGGAGAGGCCUCUCACGGACAGAGGGCACAUCACCCGAGAGUCAGUUCGCCGGGUCUCUUCCCAAAGGUUCCACACUUAGAUGUGGAGCGUGGACGGUGGCCCCGGUGAAAGAAGUGGGAAAGACGUCGAGAAGGAAUGGAAAAGAGUGAAUCUCUUUGCUAAUGAAAAGGUCUUAAUCUUGCGGGGUAUGACCAUUUAGAAACCUCAACAAGCUCUUGGCUUU